AUGGCGCCGCGGGUGUGCAAAAUCGGUACUGGCGAUGAGAUUUUGGGCGUGCUGCAAAUGCAAAAUGAUCAGUUUCGCUGCCUGUGUCGUCUGCCAAAGGGUGCGAUUUUAUUGGACAAUGUCCCCGAACCUGAAGAGGUGCACCUCUUCCAGGUCGAUGAGGAUUUGACCGUGAGACUGAACGAUGUCGUGCUCGAUCUGGCCCCUGGACGUCAGCACGUCCUCAGCCUCAUUCGCACGCUACAUGCAGCCGAUGCUUUGGACUACAUUGAGUGUCCUGACGCGCUCCGUGAAGAAGCCACGACCGAUGGCAAGCCACCCGGCCACACUGGCUACCACGUUGUCAUGACGCGCACCCUCACGGGUGUCGAGUUUCGUUCCAGCGGCCAGAAGCGCCCAAACCCGCGCAUCAACAUGAUCCUGUCUAAGAACGGUGAUCUCUCUUUUGCCUUGAACACCGAACGCUUUCGGGUGAUCAACAAGAUGGGAUUUGAGGAAAACCAUGAGGACCCGCGGCUUUGCCGCCUCCUACUUCAAGUCGACGGCGACAUCAUCGCUGUGCCAGCUGCCGAGGCACUGCCGUGGCUACGGGCACUCACUAUGGUUUCUCUCAAUGUGCCGCAGCGCGAGGCCGUCCAGCAUCUCUUUACUGGCAAACAAAGUGAACGCGCGCAGGAUCUCUGCCAAAACCACCACGUGCUCAACUGCGACAUGAGCGAACUCGUGGCUCUCGAUCUGCUCGGCGGGACUGCCUCCCGUGAUUACGAGGGGGCUGGUGACUAUUUUAUUGUGUGUCAUGCAACAUUUGCACCCCUGCCCGAACUGAAGCCUGGCACCAUGGAGACGAGCCUUGCCUGGCGCAUGUUGCCCUUCAAAGAUGAGCUAGCCUAUGUAGACAGUAGUCAGGACACGGUCGUGAUCAGGCGCGAGCAGCACAUCAGCCAACAAGGGUAUCGAUUUGUCAAGGUCAUCAAUGACGGGUCACGACGAACGGUGCUGCAAAGUCUUAGCAUGGAGCAAGACCAGAAUACCCUGGAUGUUCGCGAUCAGUUGGGUUGGGGUGACAACGUUCCGCUUCACGAACAAGCACGCGUGCGCAGCAAGCUCUACGAGCUGCGCGAUGAAAUCCCCCUAACCUUCAACCUCGAUGGCACGAGUUCCAGCUGGGGCGCAGUUGACUAUGAAUGGAUGAGCAACUCAGCAGUUUUUCAAAGCGGUGAAAGCAGCGUGAUCCUGGCAACAGUUCGCUUUGAUGGGAGCGCCGACAAAAUUUUGGUCGUGCGCGAUGGUAUUCCCUCGCGCUUCAUAUCCUCCUUGGAGCAGGUGGAGGAUGGCGGGCUCAUGGACGAUGCGCAAACGCAUUACGAGAUCACGCCGGCUGCACUGAACAAGCUGUUGCCCAAGCUUUAUGAGAUCAACUCGCUCAUUGCACUGGUCUCCUUGCCACCGUCUCCCAAAUGGCGCGACCGCACACCGGUCGCCUCCUUCCUGGACGGCGACGGCGAUGCGGUCGUCUUUCAGCUACAACAGCACGUUCAGACCAAGGAGCGGCGCCUGGUCAAGGUGGUCAAUGUCAAGCGCGUCAAAGUGCUGACCAAAUUGGUAUGGAGUGAGGGCAAUGAUCUGCGCGACCAAACUGGUUGGGGUGGGUCCGUACCCGAUGAGAGCGUCCGCAGCGUUGUUCGCCGCCUGCAAACCUACCCGUUGGCCGAGUUUGUCGACUUUCCCGUUUUGCCGGAUGACGAAGUGGUUUUGGACAUUGUCGACUUUGUGGACGAGGACGGAGAUUCAAUCGGCUUCCUUUUGGCACGCUCACCGGAAGGCAUGGUUCAGCUCCGUGAGCGCUGUAUGGGCCAAGCUCAAUUUGAGCCUAUUCCCAGCGUGCGCUGGAAUCACGAAGAACAUGGCCUCAGCUACUCUGAUUGCUUUGUGCCCGUGGGUCGUCAGGAUCAAGAGCGCGUCUUGGAUGCCCUCAAGAGCGCGUCCCAGACACAUCCCGGAGUCUUUACCUUUUCAGGCUAUGAAGAGAUCAAGCGAACGCAGCUUACGGACGAGGCGGCGUUGGACAUCAUCUCCAAGGCCGAGGGGCGGAAAACGGCCAACCGUUCUGUGGUUUGCGUGCUUAUUGGGCGCGGUGGUGCCGGUAAAACACAAACGGCCAAGUCUAUGCAGGGUAUCGAGUUUGAGGCGGAACGCAAAUCUACCAUUGGUGGCGAUCGCACUGAUCUCAUGUUUGAGUUGCAGCAGGAUCAGAUUGUCGUCCGCAACGGCGCAGCCUUUCACAAGGUGGAGAAGGUGAAUCAUACUGCACGUGGGCUUUUGUUAUCCACGGAGGAGGGAGAGGAGCCCGAUGACCUGGAGCUCGAUGCCAUUGUGCGAGGCAACGAUAAUUUUGCCCAACGUGACAGCCUUGCCAACGAGUUGAGGACCAACAAUCGCAUGCGGGGCCACAGCGACCACGGCAUGGAUGCCCCCAGCAUCAGUAGCAGCUCUGGUGCGGUCCGACGGACUAAUAGCAAGAGCACGCCCAUGAAAUCCCUGCAUAAGGCCCCACAACCAGGCCAGCAGGCCCGCCCCGGCAGCGCUGCGAAUGCAAAGGGGCCCGUGGGGGGCGGGGGUGGCGCUGCUGCCAAUAUGACACGUGCCCAGCGGCAGCUCAUCCUUCGCAGCGUCCAGAACAGGUCUCGCGCCCUGCUUUGUGUGCUCAGUGGCAUGGUGCCUGCAUUGACAGAUCGCGAGUUUAUCUCUUUGGAGCUGCGACGCAUCCUGACGCAGCGGCAGCAUGCCAUUUUGUCACGCGUCAUCUUCCCGCAGCAGGAUAGUCGCCUCAUUUUCUUUCCCGUCGACAACACUCGGUCGCAGCAAGACCCGGGUAUCCAGGCGCUCUCGCAGUCGCUGAUUGCCACAAUGCGCGACAGCGAGGUUGCUCGUCUGCAGGUGCCACUGGCGCUGCGCGUGUGGCAAGACAGCAUCAACAGUCUUGCCUAUCCAGUGACAAAUGAGGCACUGGCCUUGGCCUCGCCCAUCUGCCAGGCUAUUCGCAAGCAGCAGCCGGAUCCCUUGAUGCCAUUGGGCACACUGACGCUGACCGAGCUCCGCGAGCUAUACGAUGAGAGCUUUGGUCAUGCAGAGCCGACGGAUCUGCAUGGAAUCGAGUUUCGCCAGUGGGUUGAUGCCAUUCAUGCUCUCGGCACGAUUACGCACUUCAAUUCGCCUGCACUCGAGGAUCUAGUUGUCCUGAACCCCAUCGAGCCACUCAGCUACAUGACGCUGCUAGUGCGCAACUUUGAUCUUCAUCGUCUGCCCUUGGAUGCCACGGUUGAGUUUACUGAAGACUUUCGCCUCUUGCGUGACUCUGGCAUGUUAAUGCCUGAGCUGGCCACGCAUUACUUGGGCCAGGCGAGCAAAACGCCGCGCCAACUGCGCGACCUGAAUGAGCGCGAGCAACAGCAAAUUUUAGCGCUAAUGCUGCAGUUUGGUGUCGCCGUGCCCUUGCAAGUGGGGAGCACGGCUGCCUACAUGAUUCCGGGGUUGCUACCUUACGCUGCACCGUCCUUUUCUGACGCCGGGGAGGCUGCCGUAGAGGUGCUGGUGGCUCCUUUUCACGGGCAAACGCUCACGCGUUUUGAUUACAUUUUGGAGAAGGACCUCGUGACUCGCACCACUUUGCCAGCCGGGCUAUAUGAUAAGCUAAUUGCAGCUCUCACCUCACACAGCCAAGGCGGCGCUUCAGCAAUGCUGGCACAACCGGCACUCUCCAAAACCAUGUCACGCCUGACUUUGGGCCGUUACGUGAUUGAUGUGGAUCAGCUGCUGCGCAAGGUGGUUCAGCAAGGCUUUUGCUCGCUACGCUACAGCCUGCUGGUCAAGCUCGAUGGCGACACUUACAUUCCGGUACAACGGGUGCAAGAAUUGUACGAAGCUGGCCAACGCAGCUUUAUGGUGGGGGCCACAUCGAUGCGCCGUGAGCAGCUGAUGGAGCGUUUGGCAGGCUUGCUGCCGCUGCGUUCCAACAGCCAGAUUUAUCACGUCUUCAUCUCGUAUCGCCAUGAGCCGCAAUCCAUCGAAGGUGCGGCAGCCUUUGCCAAUGAGUUGACUGUGCACGCGUUUGGUGAACGAGGCGAGCGCGUCAACACCUUCUUCGACGUGGUCAGUCUGGAAGUUGGGAUUCGCUAUGAUGAGUCCUUUUUGCACGCCAUCAUGAACAGCGUCAUCUACACGCCAGUCAUCAGCACCGAAGCACUUCGACGCUUGUGUGAUGAGUCAGCACUCUCGGCCCUGGACAACUUUUUACUCGAGCUGUUGGUGGCUGUCUCGCUGUUUGAGAAAACGGGCUACCCACGUGUUGUGCCUUUGAUUGUUGGCGAGUUGCACGAGGAUGAGGAGGGGCUGCCUGCCAUGACCAACUUUUUCAAGACGUUUGACAUGUCACAACUACCGGACCGCGUCAAUUUGCCGACGGCGCGAGUGGCCCAGGACUUUUUGCAAAAAGAGCGCGGCCAAGGUUUGGACGGAGAGUUGACUGUGCGGCGCGUGAUUGAGACUGUGUUGAAGUAUCAUACCCCACUCUUGCUCUGGGACUUUUUGGCGCCGACACCGGGUGGAACGCACGGGCGCGGGGCGAUUGAACCGCGCUUAACUCGCCUGGCUCGGCGCCACGUGGACAUGCAGCAGCUGUAUGCCAAGGCUGCGCGUGAGACGGUGACGUUGCUGGAGGGUGUUGUCGACAAAUUCCAAGAGCAGCGGGCUAGUGCCAAGGGUCGCCCACUUGGUCGGAGCCGAUCCUCGCAGAAGAGCCGCACGCAGGCGAUUCAGAGCCACCUGCUCGAGGCGGUAACAACGGCGGCUGACCAGACUGGGGAGACCGCGGUGAGAGAUUGGCAAGUCGACCAGGUUGUGCGCUGGCUCAAUGAGCUGGGCUUUAAACAGUACGUGGAAGCGUUUACACGGGAAGAGGUCAACGGCGCGCUUCUUCUGCAACUUUCUUCAGAGGAUUUGGAGCAGGAUUUGCUGGGCGGAUAUGGACUCAUUGUCCCGGUCGAUUUGGAAACACAGGAGGUAAAGAGCCGGCUGCAUCGCCGCAAGAUGCUCGAAGCUAUCAAGCAGCUCGAAUAG